AUCUCCUUCCGGUUUAAGAAUCCGGUAAUUCGAAAAAUAAUGAGGGCAUGCAAUUUUAUUGUCAAUCAAAAAUUAAACCUAAUUAUUAUCGAGAGAAGACGCUUAUAAAUAUCAGGCACUGAGAUGUCGAACUGGAAAUCAACAAUCAAAUGAGAAAUUUCGAAAAGUAAUGCAAACUUGUCGAAGAAGAAAUUCGAAUAAUGGAAGAAAUGCAGAUUAUUCGAAUGAAAGUAAUUCAGAUGAAUCAGAUUCUGAUGAAGAUAUGUUCGAUAAAAGAUUUUUAUCCGGAGUUAGUCAUAAAAACAACACUUAUUCCUCUGGAUAUGGAUCCAAUAAUCGGGAAAGAUAUGAUGGAAAGCAAAAGAGACAGAAACGAAGUAAACAAUCCAAUUUUAAAGAAACCAAUAUGAAAAAUGAUCGGUAUGGAAGUAAUUCAAGAAGCAGUGGAACGGAUUUUCAUUAUGAUCAUCACAAUAAUAAUAAUAAAAAUAAUAACAAUAAUCAACGAGACAAUGGUGAUUAUCGUCGAGGUCCUGCGUGUGUGAUCCAGUGUUUCUUCAAUGAAUUAAAUUUGGUCGAUCAAAGAGGAUUUCCAGAAAGAAAUUCAGUUACAGGAAUAAUGACAGAGAAUAUUCAGGAUCCGGAAUUAAGGGAUUUUGUAGAAGAAUCAAUUACCGAAUGUUUUCAUUAUUUACGAUCUGAUUUGAAUCAAGACAAGUGCAAAUUUUCUCAAAAUUUGCUUUCCUGUCUGGCUGAUAAGGGCAGCGAGAAAAAAUGUAACCAUUUCUUUUCAGACAUGCGAUGAUUGGAACGACGAUUAAAUCCAGAUAUGAAUUCUUCAUGCAUUUCUAAUUCCGUCUCUCAAAAGCUGAAAAUAAAAUUCUGCCUAUAAGUAGAAUGUAUACAGAAUAAUAUG